GGGACUUAUUGGAAUACAGGCGUGAAAGGAUAGCUAACGCCCUAGCUGAGCAAAAUAAUCACCGUUGUAAGCGUUACCAUUUUGCAGGAAUGGAGCUGAGUGAAAUUUUAUACAACAAGGCGGAAUAUAUCGAGACAGCGUCAGGCAAUAAAGUGAGCAGGCAGUCGGUUCUGUGUGGGAGCCAGAACAUCGUCCUGAACGGAAAAACCAUAGUGAUGAACGACUGCAUCAUCAGAGGAGAUCUGGCUAACGUCAGAGUUGGCAGGCACUGCGUCAUCAAGAGCAGGAGCGUGAUCCGGCCGCCGUUUAAAAAGUUCAGCAAAGGGGUGGCUUUCUUCCCCUUGCACAUCGGAGAUCACGUGUUCAUAGAGGAGGACUGUGUUGUAAACGCGGCUCAGAUCGGCUCAUACGUUCACAUCGGGAAAAACUGCGUCAUCGGUCGGCGGUGUGUGUUGAAGGACUGCUGUAAGAUACUGGAUAACACAGUCCUGCCUCCUGAGACAGUCGUUCCUCCGUUUACAGUGUUCUCCGGAUGUCCAGGUUUAUUUACCGGAGAGCUGCCAGAGUGCACACAGGAGCUGAUGAUCGAUGUGACCAAGAGCUAUUAUCAGAAAUUCCUCCCACUAAGCCAAAUCUAACCUGCGACGAUCUCUUAAAAUCGGACUCUCUAUCCGUCACCAUUUCCUCCCUUCGCUGAAAUAUGAAGGAUGUUUUCCAGUGAUGUCCGUCUGAUACAGAUCUGUUUGUCUUUAGUGUAAGUCCAUGAACACUGCGUUUUAUAUUUAAGCACUCUACAUGUAAGUGUGUGUGUGUGUGUGUGUGUGUGUGUGUGUAGGUUGAUCAUUACCCUGAGCAGUGUGUGCUCACCAGAUCACCAGACUCAAGUCAUGAGGUGCAGAAGCUGAAACAUGUUUCUAUGAAAGCUUGUAUUUAUUGUGUAGAUUCUGCAGCACGACAUCUUUCUCUGUGCAAACACACCCUCGCUGCGUAUAACAGAUAUCAAAUGACUCGUGGUAUGAUUUUUUUUUUGUUCAUAUAUAUAUAAUUUUCAGUACAUGUUGGAGAAAUGGAACCUACUUGUAAAAGAAAGAUUAUUUCUAGGUGACAUACAUUGUUUAACCUGUAUGUAUGUGUGUGUGUGUGUGUGUGUGUGUGUGUGUUCAGUUGUUUACCAGUUUAAAUUAAUAACCCUGAAUGGACAAAUAAUAAAUUUAUUAGCUAGCCCACUAGACAAGUAAAAGCUCUAGUGAUACACUCUUCCUGUUUUGGUUGCCUGGAAACCUAACUGACUAGGCUAAAAAGUGGUUUUAACGUAUUACAGUAACGCUGCAUUCGAAGUCGGAGUUUGGAAUGGCAUUAUUUUUGACCUCUGUUGGUUCGAGCUAUGAAGUAGGGGGGAAAAAAACAUGGACGCAUCCAUGUUUGUCUUUUGUUAGCAACAAUCUUGCUAGCUAACUGAAGAGUGAUCUAUAUUUUCCCUCCUCAAACAGCAAUCUGUCUAGUCAGUGUCCCAAAAGUCUCCGUAUACAGGGGGCUGUUUGCCAGGACCACAUCGGUUACGCCUUCAUCAGUGGAUGUUGGCGGACGUCCACUUCUCAGCUGAUCCGCAACACUUCCAGCCUUUUUUGAAUUUGUUAAUAAGUUUGGCAGCAGUGUCGUGCGUGAUGUGCUCGCCACGUUUCCUGUUAACGUCCAUCGCAACCUUGCGACAGCUUCCCGAUCCAGCCAUGAGAAUGAUUUCAAUACGUUCUUCUUCUGUCAAAGGCAUUCUGAAAAGCUAUCUGAAAAAAAUAUAUAAUACAAAGUAAGAAUGAACAAUUUCGGAAGACAUUUUGCUAAAAAGUGUUAAUUUCCCCUACGUGUGGAGACUUUUGGGACACCCUGCAGAUUUAACGAGCUAAAAUGUGUGUAUGCUGUGCACAGCCAUGUUGAUUUGACGUCCGUCCCUGAACGCGGAGUUGAGACCAUCCUGACUCCUCGAGUAGGAAUUCUGAGUUGAGAGGGUGUUUUCUUUGUUUUUUCCUCGUCGGAGUUUGGAAAUUACGAGUUACAACCUUUAGCUGAAUACAGGAUACUAUAUGGUGAAGUAGUUAUCUAGCUAUUAAUACAGACUAAAUGAAACAAGUAUAGAUCAUCACAAAGCACAUUGUGUUUACAACCCUAACAAAAAAUAAAUAAAUCAAAACAUGGAUGAAUGUUUCGGCAUCACACAUAAAAGAUUUGAUUCGAA